CCUGUCACCGUCGGUGCCACCGUCGGGAUUUGUCCAGCGACGCGUCCCCUAGCAGGGGUGUGUUGGGGGGAGCCCUCUUUCCGACCAUCAAAAUGGUUAUCAAAGUUUUUGUUGCCACAUCUUCGGGGUCCAUAGCGAUUAGGAAGAAGCAACAAGAAGUAGUGGGCUUUUUGGAAGCUAAUAAAAUCGACUUUAAGGAAUUAGAUAUAGCUGGAGACGAAGAUAAUAGGAAGUGGAUGAGGGAGAAUGUACCUGGAGAGAAAAAACCUCAAAACGGGAUUCCUUUGCCCCCUCAGAUCUUCAAUGAAGAGCAGUAUUGUGGGGAUUUUGACUCUUUCUUCUCUGCCAAAGAAGAGAAUAUUAUAUAUUCAUUUCUUGGCUUGGCCCCCCCUCCUGGAUCAAAGGUGACAAAGUCUCCUGAGGAAGCAUCUUCUCUUCCGAAUGGUGAUGUAACAGGAGAGGCACAGAGCGCCACAGAGGAAACCCAGAAGGCUGAACAAACUGGAGACAAUGAGGUACAAAAAGAGGAUGCUGAAGAUGGGAGCAACCUCGCUGAACCCCAAGAAAAGAAUGAAGAAGCUGGAGAGACAGCAUCAAAAGAGACGGAAGAAAUAGCCGAGGAGGGAGCUGCAGAGGAAGCAGAGGAAGAGGAAGCUGAUAAAGAAGAAGAACCAGGAGAAGAAGAAGAAGAUUCGUAGAUCUUAUCAAUGCUUUAUUUUCCCAAGUUUUCCAGGAAACAGAAGAUAUGAAGCAACAUUUUGACCGCCGUCCCCCAAACCAAACUCACCAAAAUACUUUGACUCAAAGACAAAUCCAUCUUUCCCAGGACUUCGGAGUCACCGUGGAAUUGCCCUCCUAGGCAUGGGUAGAUAGAUAUGCCUGGUCACACUUACUCAACCUCAUCAGUAUGAAAUGAAAUGUGAAGACAACGCAUAUAUACCUUCACGGGCCUGGAUCUCUGGCCUUCGAAAUCAUCAUCAUUAUGAUUUGCUCUGCAUGAGCAGGCUUUCUAACUCCUACUCUGAAAAAUAAUCUCCACGAAUGGAACGUCUCUUUGUGAGAUAACAAAAGUAUCCCCUCUGUAUGUGCCAUACGCUACUGGUCUCAGAAUUAGCUUGUAAAAGGAAUGUGCUUUCCAGAGAAGGAUCAUUUAAAUAAAGAUUGGUAACAAAUAGA